AAACACUCAAGAUUCUGAAAAUUAGUUUAAAAAAUAAAUUUAGAAAAUAUAAAAACUUAUAUUGUUUAUCCAAAGAAAGAAUUCGAGAAAUAUUUAUUUUAUCCAAAAUAUUUAGAUCCUAAUUAACUGAUCUUGUCAGUUCCUUACAAAGACUUGAAUGAAAGUUUAGCUUAGCUUUUCCUUUACACAAAAUUUUCUUGGAAAGUAUUUUGGAGAAUGGCUUAAAAAAAAUAUUCUUAAAAGCUUGCAAAAACAAAAAAAAAACACCAACAACAACAAAUUCAAUUAAAUUAAAUGACAUUAUUUUUUAACGUGUAUGCAUAUUUACGUACGGCGCAUACGGCUGGAAUAUAUUAUUAUCGACAACAAUAGCAAAAAACGAUAUACAACAACAAUCUUGAAAUUAACAAAAUUUUAUAUGUCUAAGUGCACCUUGGAUUUUGCAGAGUACAUUGAGAUUUGGCCACAAGCGAACAAACGACAUGAUUUCGAAAUAGCACAAAUUUUAAAAAUAAUACCGCAAACCAUACAAUGCAAUGAAUACACCGUUUGUAAAUAAAAACAACAAAAACAAAGCGAAAUACAAAAACGAAAAAAAAAAAAAGUAAAAGAAUUUUAUUUAACCAGCUAGCCAGCCAACCAGCCAGUGCAUCCAUCUAAUGUCACAUAAUAAACAACAACAACAACAACAACAGCGACAACAUGUUCAUCAUAUAUAUAUGAACGAUUAUCUUUACGGGUUAUGCGUAUACUGAAGUAAGCCUGAAAUCAUUUUUAUGCAUAAAAUAGGGCAUUUUUAUUAAUUAUGGAAUUAAAUAAUAACGGCUCAAUCUCAGCAUCGACUAUAAGACAAAGGCAGCAAGAACAAUUACAAAAGAAUCAACAAGAGCAACAACAACAACACAAUGAAUAUCAGCAGCAAUUUUGCUUGAGAUGGCAUAAUCAUCAGGCCAGCCUACUUAGUACACUUCCUGUUUUACUGGAUCAAUGCCAGCUGACCGAUGUUACCAUCUCAGCAGAGGGCCGCAAUUUACGUGCGCACCGCGUGGUCUUAAGUGCCUGCAGUAGUUUCUUUUUGGAAAUUUUUCGCACCUUAGAUACUACAAAUCAUCCGGUUAUUAUUAUACCUGGUGCUUCGUUUGCAGCGAUUGUGGCUUUACUGAACUUUAUGUAUUCCGGUGAGGUGAACGUGUAUGAAGAGCAAAUACCUACGCUAUUGAGUUUGGCCGAAACUUUGGGUAUCAAGGGUUUAGCCGAUGUGCAUAACAAUUUGCAGAAAUCUACAAAAGCUGCCAGUGAACUGCUAAGUAAAUCAGAAAAAGAAGAUUUUCAAAAAUCACCAUCAACACCGUCCUCUCCAUCCAAUUCUAAUAAUAAUCAGUCAUCGUCAGUUCCCCUUACAAACUCACUGUUAAAUUCCGCGACAAAUUCAUCCCAUUUUAAUCCUCUAACGGGCACUAAAUUUCCUUUACCAUUGGAGAAUUUUUUUUUGAAAUCCUUACAAUUCUAUCCGAACCUUCUGCCACAGCCUUUAAAUUUCUCACAGACGGCCUUAAAUAAAACGACAGAGUUUUUAGCUAAAUAUCAGCAGCAGUGCAAUCUAUACCAAGGUGCCCUUGGAAUGGCAAACGCAGAUAAUUAUUCAAAGGUAAUCGCAAAUGAAGAAACUCCGCCGGUCAAGCGAUUUUGUAGCGGCGAUAAGAAAUCGCAGAAUGAGCAAUCGACGCCACAAAAAGAUAUUAAACGCAUUGAUAAAAUAGUUGAGAGCUUGCGAGGGGGCUGCGGAAAAUCGAAUAGUCAAGAGGGUACGCAAAAUCAAGGUCAUAUGCCAGCACCGCUGGCACCUCUUAGCAUAAAGACUGGUUUAGAUAGCUAUAAUUCUACAACAUCACCUCUAAUGAUUGCCAAGCAAACGCCAUUAUUUUCGAUGGCGAAUACUUCGCAAUCGCCCACUAGUCCUCAUGGUCAUUUAAAUUUGAACUUCAACAUGGCGAACGAGGAUGGUCUUAAAUGCGAUGCCGAAAAGAUUAGUACACCGCCAAGUCCACACGCUACAGCACCAAACGGAAAGCCUAUGGCAAACUCAAAGCUCUACGCGACUUGUUUUAUUUGUCAUAAACAGUUAAGCAAUCAAUAUAAUUUAAGGGUUCACUUGGAAACUCAUCAGAAUGUAAGAUAUGCUUGUAAUGUCUGUUCGCACGUAUCGCGAAGUAAAGAUGCUUUACGUAAACAUGUAUCCUAUCGUCAUCCUGGCGCUCCAUCACCAUGCGAAACGGAAGCACGUCGUAAACGAGCUACCAAGCUAUUGAACACCACCAUAACAAGCGGCUCCGCAACAAUGGGAACAAAUAAUUCGUCCACCGUUGAAACUAGCCCCAACUCGCCAAAUAUAUCUCAUGUGCCCGCUCAUUUUCCCACUACAGCAACUGAAUCUUUAAAUGCCGAAGCUCAAUCACAAUUAAAUGCUGCCGCUUAUAUGUUUUUACCAAAUCAAUUUCAUUUAGCCGCGGCCGCCGCAGCGGCAGCUCAUCAACACAAUCAAUUGUUAACCAGCAAGAAUAGCAACUCAAACUUGACAAUGUUAGAUAUGCAAAAUUCUAUUGGUAAUAAUAAUAAUAAUAAGGCAAUGGCAAAUACUAAUACUGCUACUACUACUACUACUACUAUUACUACUACCACCACCACCACCACCACCGCGGUGCCAGUCACCGCAGUUAGUGAACUGUCUAAACCGUUAGUUAAUAGUACUAAUAGUAGUAGUAGUAGUGUCACUAGCUCCGCAAGCUUAGAUAGUAAAGAAAAUUUACAUAACGCCAGCGAUUCAAAAACCAGCUCAAAAGUAACGCCAUGAUAUAGUUAUAUUAAUGCGGUUAGAGAAAGCGAUUGCAAUGAUAAGAAAAUUAAGGUAAGCAAUUCUUCAAUUAAAAGAGGCAGCUUUCGCAGAUAAGCCGUUUUUAUAUCGUUCGCUAAUCAUUUUUUUUAACACAAGAUUCCAUAAUUUGGAGCAUUUUUACACAUUUUUACAAAGAAGAAGAAGACGUCAUAUUGUCAAGAUAUCAUUUUAAUACAUUGAUAUGUUUUCAUUCAAAAGGAGUCGAAGACGCCUUCAGAUCAGCAUAUUCAGUUACGGCUGUUAGGAGUCUUCGACUACGCACCACAAGGCACGACACGCCUGUUAAGAGCUCUGUGCUUAGCUGUUAACUGAAUAUAUGUCUCAUAUAUGGAUAAAUUGUGAAUCCAAGACAGGUGACAAACUUUGCAAUUUAAAAUCUGUUACUAGUCUAAUUUCAUGAUUACGUUUAUUUCCUGCAUAUUUUUGUCCUUAAAACGGUAUCAUUAUGAUUAGCGAUAAUCGUGUCAAUCAAAUUAAAAAAAUUUUUGACAUGUUCCUAUAUAGAUGUGAUUACCACCAAUGUGGCUGACGCGAAAGUGAAUUUUUUUUUUCAAUCACUGAUAGAAAGAUAUGACCGAGGAAAAUGGUCCUCUUCCUCAACCUCAAUUAUGAAUAGAUUGUACAUAGAGAAAACUUUAGCUCGGCAACGAUUGUGGUGCAAGCGAAAAAAUUAUAUAUACUUGUAGGAGAGCUUCAUAGCAUAUUUAUAUAUUUGUUAAAUAUUAUUAAUUAAGUCAUUUUGGUAGGGUCUCUGAGCUAUAUUUCGAUAACGGUAUAUAUAUGCGGUCUUAUAUACCAUAUAUGUAAUUAAAAGAAAUCAUAAGCUCUGAGAGUAGAGCUUAUACAUAUAGUUUAAGAGAGAAUUGCCGAUGUAUUUAUAUUAAAUAGUUAUUGAUCCCAUUCUUAGUCCCUGACUGUGAUAUAUAUAGUGAAACAUUUUCCUAUACCUGUUAAAUUUUUUUUUUUUUCUUUCCUAUGACUUAUUAAACAAGCCUUUACCUAUAAAACGCCUAAUUGUUACAAAGGCUUUACGUCCAAAUGUACUUGAAAGUAAUUA